CAGGGGCGGACUGACCAUUUGGAAACUCGGGCACUGCCCGAGGGCCCGGGGUCAGUAGGGGGCCCCAUGAGAUGCCUCUGGUACCUUUUUCAUAGGCUUUUUUGAGUUUGGGCAAGGACACAGGGGCCCCAUGAUCCCCUAUUGCCCGGGGGCCCCAUGAGUUGUCAGUCCACCCCUGAUCACAUCACAUGCCUCACAAAGGGGUCCUGCGUAACCUUGAAACGUUACACUCUUCCGCUGUGAUGUAUUCACUUUACAGUACAUACAAACGUUUAGACGCUUUUUUUGGGUGUGAUUUGAGUGUGGGCGAGGACACAGGGGACCAUGAUCCCCUAUUGCCCGGGGGCCCC